AUGCCCCAGCACCUGACAAUGGACCGACCCUUCACUUCCAAGCCCCAACUCACCUUCUUCAGCUUGACCCCAGACACUGACACCAGCUUCAAUGACACCCCCCCCAGCCAAAGAGCAGCUCUGGGCUGCAGCCCCCUGGACCUCUCCAGCAGACCCUUGUGCCAGCCCAGGACCGGGAAGCGCACCCGUGAAGUCCGUUAUGUGUCCACAGAGCCUCCACGCUUGGCCUGUGGCUGGUGGGCCUUCACCCCGAAGUGUCUGCAGACCUUCAACACCCCUCCGGGCAUACUGCUGUUCCUAUGCCUGGCCUCCUUCCUACAGGGCAUGACUGUGAACGGCUUCAUCAACACCGUCAUCACCUCCAUCGAGCGACGCUUUGACCUUCGCAGCUACCACAGCGGCCUGGUAGCCAGCUCCUACGACAUUGCUGCCUGCCUCUGCCUCAUCUUUGUCAGCUACUUCGGUGGCUCCGGCCACAAGCCCCGCUGGCUGGGCUGGGGUGUGCUACUCAUGGGCCUGGGCUCCUUCAUCUUUGCUCUGCCCCACUUCACCGCUGGCCGCUAUGAGGUGGAGGUGGCUGAGGACGUGGCCACCUGCCGGGGCAACCUCAGCACACCCUGCACAGACCAGGCCUCAGGCCUGUCCCACUACCGCCUUGUCUUCAUGCUGGGCCAGACCCUGCAUGGUGUGGGAGCCACGCCGCUCUACACACUGGGCGUCACCUACCUGGAUGAGAAUGUCAAAUCCAACCACUCCCCCGUCUACAUUGCCAUCUUCUACACAGCGGCCAUCGUAGGUCCCGCAGCCGGCUACCUGGUGGGAGGUGCUCUGCUGAACAUCUACACGGAGGUGGGCUGGCGGACGAAGCUGACCAUAGAGAACCCGCUGUGGGUGGGCGCCUGGUGGAUUGGUUUCCUGGGUGCCGGGGUGGCUGCCUUACUCAUCGCCAUCCCCAUCCUUGGGUACCCAAGGCAGCUGCCAGGCACCCAGCGCUAUGUGGUCAUGAGCGUGUCUGAGACCCAGCAACUCAAGGACAGUGAUCCCAGGACCUCAGCCAACCCCGACUUCGGGAGAACUGUGCAGGACAUGCCUGUCUCCAUCUGGCUCCUCGUGAAGAACCCCACAUUCAUCCUGCUCUGCCUGGCUGGGGCCACAGAAGCCACACUCAUCGCUGGCAUGUCCACAUUUGGCCCCAAGUUUCUUGAGUCCCAAUUUAGCCUCAGUGCCUCAGAAGCUGCUACCUUAUUUGGGUACUUGGUGGUGCCAGCAGGUGGAGGUGGCACCUUCCUGGGUGGCUUCUUGGUGAACAAGCUCAAGCUACGUGGCUUGAACAUCAUCAAAUUCUGCCUGCUCUGCACCCUGAUCAGCCUGUUGGCCACCUUCAUCUUCAUCCUGCAUUGCCCCAACGUGCCCAUGGCAGGAGUGACCGCCACCUACAAUGGGAGCUCCCUGCUCCAGGGCCACUUAGAGCUGACGGCUGCCUGCAAUGCAGACUGCUUUUGUAGCACCGAACACUACAACCCAGUGUGUGACCCCAACGGCACCAUGUACUACUCACCCUGCCACGCCGGGUGCCUGGAGAUGGUCACAGAUCCAGAUGGCCGGAAGGUAUACGGAAACUGUAGCUGUGUCUCUGAGAAUAUUUCCACCGCAGGGAAAUGCCCCUCAACCUGCCAGAGAAAGCCCCUCCUUCUGAUUUUCGUAUUCGUUGUAAUCAUUUUUACAUUCCUGAGCAGUAUUCCUGCGCUAACAGCAACCUUACGGUGUGUGCAUGACGGGCAGAGGUCCUUUGCACUGGGAAUCCAAUGGAUUGUCGUUAGGACACUAGGGAGCAUCCCCGGUCCCAUCGUCUUUGGCUGGGUGAUAGACAAGGCAUGUCUGCUCUGGCAGGACCAGUGUGGUGCCCAGGGUUCCUGCUUCAUGUACCAGAAUCAGACCAUGAGCAAGUACAUGCUCAUCACGGGGCUCCUGUACAAGGUGCUGGGAUUCCUCUUCUUCUUGACAGCCUACUGCUUAUACAAGCCCCUGUCGGGGGAGUCUUCAGAUGGCCUGGAAUCUUCUCUGCCCAGCCAGUCCUCAGCCACCAACAACCCCACAGACCUCCAAGAGAGCUCCUCUGCCCUCCAGCACCAGAGCACAGCAGGGCCCCAGGGGAGCCUCCGGGGCAUGCGCAUGACAGGUGAUGUCACCAUUGAUGAGGAAGUCUCCUCCAGCCCUCGUUUCCUCUGGCAGCUGAGACUUGAGAGGCAGCAGCGUUCCUCUGUUUACAAGGACGAGGAUGGCAGAGGCUACAGAGUGGAGAGCCUGUUAAUCCUUCAACAUCCGAACGUCAUGUUCUCCAGCUGUGACGUGAAGAGACGCAGCUCCACUGAGACGAAUGCAGGGGACACUGGGCCCUCUGACUGA